AUGGCUCCAGGAAGAGGAAGAGGAAGGAAGCCCUCAGGGACUUCGAACUUCGUAGAGGCGCCUAUUACUGAAUAUGAGCGUUCAAGGAAUAAAGAAAUAAUGAAAAACAACCGAGAGCUGGAAAUGCUUGGUAUCAAGACAUUAGUGCCCAUAGUGAACAAUACAUCUGUGAAGAGAAAGGGUGAAGACCAUAAAGUUUCUAGAUCGUUGUAUACAGGUCAGGAGAGUGGUCCGGAGAGUGAGGACUGUGAAGGUGAGGAGGUUAUUAGCAAGGACAAGUGCUUGAAAAACCAGAAAAAUCGUGAGAAAGUACUGCUUCAGCACUGCAUAGGAUCUCAGUGUUACAUUGCACAAGCCCAUGUCGUGAAACGAGAGAAAUACAAAGAUGUAGAACCCAUUGCGAUUGAUCUUUUCAAGGACUUCCACUGCAGCAAGAACAAAGGAUUCAAUGAUCCUAUCAAGAAAGCUAUUGCUGAUAUAGAAGCGAUCAUGGUUAAACCAGCACAAGAUGGAGAGCAACCAAUGUCAGUGAACCAUGCUGUUUCUGAAGUUGUGAAAUCGACUGCGUUUCUUCAAGUUGCAGGAAUUCAAUCAAACUCCAAUAAUAUCUCUAAAGGUGGCACUUCCUCAAAGGUGCAAGAGCUUUAG